AUGUCUGAGAACUGCCCGGCGGCGCCUGAGCACGCGACAGCUAAGAUAGCGGUGUGGUGGGACAUGAAGGGCUGUCCGGUCCCCGAGGGUUAUGAUUCUUGUCGGGUCCGUCCGAAUAUGGAAGCGGCGUUCAAGGAACUAGGCUACUCUGGUCCUGUCUCCAUCACUGCCUAUGGCGACAUAAAACAAGCCCCUGAGCACCUCCUGCGAGGGCUCUCUUCCACCGGAGUCGCUGUUUCACAUUACAUUCCCGAAGGCAUAUGCUCACUCAUGUAUUCGGAUAUGCUGGAGUGGCGAGCACGCAACCCUCCUCCGGCUACAAUGAUGCUCAUAUCCGAUAAGAGUGGAUCUGGAAUACAUUACUUGAGCCCGAAAGCGCACUUGUUCUUCCGGACUAGUCGCGCGCGCUUGUUCUUCCGGACCAGUCGCGCGCACUUGAAACUAGUGCCAUGUUUUAUUGCAAAUCGUGCUGUCUCGAUUGCCAAAGCCUGGCGCGAGGCUGCAAACUAUUCGUAUGAAGAACUUGACCCUGUGACGAGGACGUGGGGAAAGAACUACCCGGCGAAGCCCGAAUACGCGACAGCUCAAAUAGUGGUGUGGUGGGACAUGCUAAGCUGUCCGAUUCCCGAGGGUUAUGAUGCUCGUCAGGUCCGUCCGAGCAUAGAAGCGGCGUUGAAGCAACUGGGCUACUCUGGUCCGGUCUCCAUCACUGCCUAUGGCGACCAAAGUCAAGUCCCUGAGCACCUCCUGCGAGGGCUCUCUUCCACCGGAGUCGCCCUUGCACAUACCAUCUCCGAAGUCCACGGCAGGCGCAUGCUUUCAGAUUUGAUGACGUGGCCAACUGAUAAUCCUCCUCCGGCUACAAUGAUGGUCAUAUCCGAUCAGCCUGGCUUCGCAAAUAAUCUUGCCGAUCUACAACAAGAACAAGAGACGAAAUACAACAUUGUUAUGGCAUAUUCAUAUAGGCCUUACAAAAUGCCAGUCCUGGUCACUGGUGCAGAAUGGCUCUGGGAAAGCUUACUUGCAGUUGCAGGUGCAGGUGCAGAGACGAGAAGACACGUGCUUCGCAAGUGCAGUGAAAGGGGUGAGACUACCGGAAUGUUUUCUUGCAAAGUGUGCUUUCGUGAUUGCAAAAGCCUUGGUGAUUUCACCAAGCAUCUCUCUAGCGAUAAACAUGCAGAGAGGGUAAGUUACAUUUUGGAGACUAGGCUCGAUAAUGACUUCCAUCGAGAGUACUGGCGAACUAUAGAAGUAGUCAAAAAAACUGAAAAGAUGAAACGUUUGAGGAAAGCAUUCGGGACGGGUUUUGGUCAUCUUCAUAACCAUUUACGUCGGCUUAAUGCUCGAAAAUCUCAAACCUGCAAGAAAGAGUGGUGA